UCGCAAUAUGCAGGAAGACGAAAUAAAAUCGUACGCUUUGAAGAAACAGCUGCUGUAUUUGCGGGACAGCAGGGGGAAUGGCACAUCAAUGAUAACGCUCAUACUUCCGCCCCGUGAUCAAAUACCCAAGGCGUUAAAAAUGCUUGUUGAUGAGUACGGCACGGCAUCAAACAUAAAGAGCCGUGUUAACCGACUUUCAGUGCUCAGUGCAAUCACCUCAGCACAGCACAAAUUGCGGACAUUCAAGAGCGUGCCACCGAACGGCCUGGCAAUCUUUGUGGGCACUGUGAUGGACAACAACAAGGAGAAAAAGAUUUCUGUUGCGAUGGAACCUUUGAAACCGAUCAACACGAGUGUGUACAUGUGUGACAGCCGUUUUCACACCGAGUCUCUGGUUGAGCAGUUCAAAGAAAAUGAAACGUUCGGUUUUAUAGUGAUGGACGGUAACGAAACAGUAUUUGCCACGUUGAACAGCAAUGUAAAGAAAAUAUUGCACACGCUUAGCGUGUCUCUGCCGAAGAAGCACGGCAGGGGCGGUCAAAGCAGUGUUAGAUUCGCAAGGCUUAGGAUAGAAAAGAGGAACCACUACGUGAAGAAAGUAGCUGAGAUUGCUAACUCGCUGUUUACGAGUGAGGAGGGGUAUAUUUUGGCAGGAACAGCUGAUUUUAAGAAUCAGCUUUUUGAGAGCGCAAUUCUUCUCAAAAACAUAAAAGAUCGUGUUAUACGUGUGGUAGACACAAAUUAUGGCGGUGAGAACGGUCUUAAUCAAGCAAUAGAGCUAGCACAGGACAGUUUGACAAUGUGUCGGUAUCUCAAAGAGAGGAAGGUGCUGCAAGAGUUCUUCAAGAACCUGGAGAAUGAUAUGGUCGUAUACGGCCAGAAGAACACGUUGCGUCUCCUUGAUGAGCAGGCCGUCACCAAGCUGAUAGUUUAUGAAAACAUUGAGGGCACAGUGGAUGACCAGCUGGUCAUAGACUGGUUGCUUGAGAAUUAUAAGCAGUACAAUGCCGAGCUGAGUAUAGUGAGCGAUAAGAGCACAGAGGGUGAGCAGUUUAAGGAAGGGUUUGGUGGUAUUGGUGGUAUUUUGAAGUAUAAGUGCUAUGAGGAUGAUGGGUAUGAGAGUGUGGAGAGCGAUGAGAUAUUUUAGGAGGUGUGGUGAAGAGCUGCAGGUAUUUUUAUCGGUAAUGUGAACGGUAUUGUAUCUUUAGUGGUGGAUAUUAAACAUUUUGGCAUUUGUUGUGUAGGGUGUUGUUGUAUACAUGUAGAACCAUCUCUACACUGGGCGGUCCAUGGCAGUUUCCUAAAAAUUUAUUAAUUGCUACAGUUAUUAAUCAAUGCUGGAUUGAUUAACUACUCCGGCUAAACUCACUGCUUGUCACGCAAGGACCGAUUAUUUGAUCGCGGCAUUGAGGAGCAGUGCUUCAACAAUAAUAAUUUGGAAGGGUACUAAAUGUUUAGAUUGGUGAUAAUAAUUUGCACGUUUAUGUCUCGAUUAAAAC